AUAUUAAAAAGGAUUUACGUCACCGGAAAUUUUUAAUGAAAUGAAAAAUAUAUCAAGUCAUACUGCUCCUCCAUUCACAACAAUAAAAAGUAUGCUGCAAAAGUUUUUGUAACAAAUUUGUGACAAACGAUUUUUCACAAAUGCUAAAAGUGGCAGUAAUAGCAAGCAGAUAUUUUGAAAACCUUGAGGAAUCGGUCUUUCGAGAUGAAAUAAAAGCACUAAAGCAUCACUGGUCAAAAGUAGAAUGAAUUUCAGGGAGAUUAUAUUGAAAUAUAAAAAUAUUUUCAAAAAGAAAAAACAAUCUUGUAAUAUCAGGUCGUAAAUUUUUAAAUUAUCCUCCUAAUUAUCCAUCCGUUAACUCAUAUGAAUAUCAUAUAUCGCUUCCUUUAUUUUAUCGUAAAAAUUCGAUAAAUAUGUGACUACUGUAUGCAAAAUUCACUGUCAUCGAGAUGAUAUAACAUCGUCAUGCGGAAGCAUUUCGGAGCCAUGUUUGUGGUCAGCGAUACCAGACGUCUGAUUUGCAAUACAUAGCCCCACAUUUCUAUUGACAUUCCUCGAAUAUUUCUCAUGUUCCAAAGCUCAAUAAAAUAGAAAAAUUACGUCAUAUACAGGAAAAUAAGCAAAAGAAUGGAGAAAUGCGUGGGUGUAACUCCUACGUCCGAAGAAAAAUCUUUUGUAGCUGGUAUCGCUAAGGCUGGGAGAGGGAAAGAAGAUAAUAAUUCACGAUAUAUAUGUCGAUACGCCCGCACAAGCUUGACACGUUAAUAUUCGUAAAUAACAGAGAUGUCGUCGAGUUGAGUUGUGUUAUACCACGAAAUUGGAAUUUCUAUUUAAUUGCAAAGUAUCCGUAGAGAAAUCAUUUAAGUGCUAUUAUUAAGUUUAUUUCAACAGGAACCCGUUAAGUGCUAUUUCAAUCUGCCUUGAGAAAGGACGAAGUUUUUAUACGGCUUCCGCUGCUGCUAUUUUUUUACAAAUGAUAUCCAUCAGAUUAAAGACAGACUGAAAUUCUACGCGAAGCAAAUAAAAUAAACGGUACAUUACAAACAAAAUAACUCACAGUGAAAUGGAUGAACCAAUAUCACGAGGUGGCAGGUGGGUUUGUCCGAACGAUCGGCAUUUGGCGUUGCGAGCAAAAUUGCGAACAGGAUGGUCCGUGAAAACGGGAUCUUUUGAAUCCCACGGAUGGGGAGACUAUUCAAAUUCUUAUAUGAGCGGUUCUAAUCGUUGCGGACAAUCCUUCUUGCUCACUGACGAUGAACGACAAAGCAUUAUUCAGAUGUUUCUACAGGUGAUACAGAGAGCCGAAGCUCUGGAUCUGUCAGAGCAGGAACGAGUCGGCAGACUCGUCGAAAGAUUGGACAAUAUGAAGCGGAAUGUAUGCGUCGUAACGUCGAUCAGGUCGAACGAAAGGCGCGGUUGUGGAAGCCGGUGCUCCGGUGGAGCUCGUUGUGUUUGUUCGUGUGCACUUUGUGGCGAAAAAUUUGGCACAGUGCUGGGGGCGAGUGCAAACCUCUGCAAGGACUGCCGCAGAUACAUCUGCCAAAAGUGCGGCAUCGAAGCCACGAGACUUAAUCUGCCGAAAGGAAACGGCGACAAAAAUGAUGCGAACGUUUCAUCACGUAGCUCAUUGCGUCUCAUAAGAAUCGCUCAGGAACGAAUGGCCGUACAAAGAAUCAUUCAAAGAUCCCAUGGCAACGCGCAGAAGCAGUUUCUCUGUCGGAUCUGUGCCGAGACCAGAGAAAUGUGGAAGAAGAGCGGCGCUUGGUUUUUCAAAGGCAUGCCAAAGUAUAUUCUGCCAGAGAAGAAGGAGCGCGGAUGGUCUCGACCUAGUCACAGGACGUCAACGUGGACGAUAAACAAAUCCGCAGAUUCAACCGAUGCUCAAGAUUCCUCAUCCGACGACGAUGCAACGCGACGACUCGCGGUAAAUCGCGGUCAUUCGCCGACGAAUCUGUCGAGCAAUCGCGAAAGCACCCCUACCAAACUGACAAUCUCUAGCCCCGCGACCAGCACCCCGUCGCCGAAGAGUCCUCGAGGAAGGCCGAACGGUCUGUCACCGGGAUACCGCGAUGAUGCCGGCUCCGACAGGCUAGACAAGUCUUGUCUAUCGAUCGCGUCACAAUGCAGUCGACUUUCGCCCACUGGUUCGAUCGGCACCCCUCGAUCGAAAACAAGUGGCAAAAGUCCAAGCAGUCAGACGGAACAACAUGUGUCCUUCGAGGACAUCUUCGUCGACGAUGAGAAGGCCAACGAGGCUGACGACGAUGAGGAGGAGAACAGUGAAAAUGCGAGUACUCCGAAGGACGCUUCCACCUCUCUGGAUCGAUCGAAGGGCACUCAGGUACAAUCUCUCAGACUGAAGACCCCGGUGACGCCGACCACGCCGGUCAAGCGGUUUCAGACUAUGAGCAAGAAAUGCUUCCUCGAGAGAAAUGCGGAACGGAACAAGUCUUGCUCGGAUCAGGACAGUUCUUCCAGCGGGACUCGCAGCAACAGUCAAGUCAGGGCGUCAAGAACCCCGGAAAGCCCGAAAGAAACGGGACAAGAUUAUGGGACUCUCGAAGUCUCCUUGCGAUACGACCCGGCCGAUCAGUGCCUCCAGUGCAAGGUGGAACGUGCACGUCGUCUAAUACCUAUGGACAUCCAAGGCCUCGCCGAUCCUUUUUGCAAGCUGAAUAUAUUGCCCGUAGGAAAAAUAGCAACGAGCAGCCGAUUGCGAACAAAAACGGUGCACAAAACGCGCGACCCGGAAUUCAACGAGACGGUGAAUUUCUACGGAACGACGGAAACCGAUAUCUCGAGUGGCAAGGCAUUGCACGUCUUAAUCAUUCAGGACGACCCAUCGGGUCAGGACUUCCUGGGAGAAGCGAAAUUUCCUCUACACGAAUUGCAACCAUAUCAAACGAAACAUUACAAAGUUUCUCUGCAGCCUCAUUAUCCGGUAGACAACGAAGAGGAAAUUUGGGGCAUAUGCUCAAGCGGACGCGGGCAGAUUCAGAUAAGCCUGAAUUAUUGUACUCAUCGACAUGCGCUGCUGGUCACGAUACAUCGCGCUACGAAUCUCCUACCCAUGGACAGCAACGGAUUUUCUGACCCAUUCGUCAAGCUGGCCCUCGUCGAGAAUGCGACCGACAAUCAUCGGCAGCAACGAUUCCUAAAUUACUCGACCGCUCGUGCUACCGCCAAAAAGCUGAAGAAGGCAACCGGUCGCAACUCGCAGAAUACGAGCAUCAGACGAAAGACAUUGAACCCAGAAUGGAACGAAGAGUUCGCUUUCGCGACUCGCUUGACGGAACUGAUGAAGCUCACGUUAUGCCUCUCAGUAUGGGACAAGGAUUUCGGCAAGAGUAACGAUUACUUGGGUGGCCUCAUGUUGGGUUGCGGUAGCAAAGGAGCACGUUUGCGGCACUGGGUAGACGCAAUCAAAUUUCCGGAUCAUCAUCAUUUCUCGUGGCAUAAUUUGGCGGAGAUGGAAGUACCUAUAGAAUAAUAACUUCGCCUUAGGAAAUGAGUUCAGAAGGUCAAGAUUAAACAUGCGCGAGAUAUGCGGGCUUUAUCAUUAUGCUGAUAUACGUACGCAUAUACGCAUGCAUGCAUGCAUACAUACAGAAUGAUAUACUUAACGUAAAUUACCGAUUUGGUGUGUGAUUUACCGUUGCUCAAAAAUCAAGUAUUAUAAAACACAAAAAAAGUUGAUAUAAAAAAAAACAAAGAGAAGUUGACAAAUAAUCCCCCUAUUACAAUUUUUGUACAAUGCGUUCAUAUAUUAUGUGCACUAUAUAUACAGUUUUUCUUACCAUUA